AGAAAAGAAGAAGAAAAAGGAUAUCAUGGGAGUAAUCGAAAAAGGGGACUAAACCGACGGAAUCACACAAUCCGAUGCUCAUCAUACCGAACCCUCUCCAUGUUCCUUCUAAUCCCGCUACCCCAUUCCGCUUCUUUCGUGGUGCCAAAGCGUUCCUCCUGCCCCCCUACGAUCCAGAAUACCAAUACCACCAGCACAAUCACAAGAACCCGCCAGAAGUUGAGCCACUGUGGCUCGAAUUUCUGCGAUGCGGGUACUGUUGGUUUUUCCUCAGCUGCUAGCUCCCCGUGUCUGCUUCUGACGACUUCGGACGUCGGCUUUGGCUCUGAUUUCUGCUUCUCUGGCUGUAUCUUUGGAGGGGGGGUCUCGGACACGCGUGGUGAUGGGAGGAUUGGUAGCAUCGGGAGCAUAGAGGCGGGAGCGCCCGACACCGGCGUUUCCGAGAAGGUAUCCGAACCUCGCGGGGACUGGGUGGUAGCGGUGAUUGGAAUGGUGAUUGGAAUAGUGAUUGGAGGAGGCACGGGAUAAUGGACAAGAGGUGGGCGUCUGGGACUGGCAGACGGUGGGUAUGCAUGACCUCUCGCCCUUGCCGAGGUGAAGAAUUCAAGGGUGCUCACAGGAGGAGAUGUUGGAGGGGGGAUGAACGAACGCCUCUGGCUCCGCCUAGGCAGGUACGAAAAGUCGUCUCUAGUCGUGGCGAAGAAAUCGUAUCCUCGAACGUCUUCCUCGUCCCAGCCUUCGCCGAAUUCCCCGGUUUUGAAUUCGCCGUCCCAUUCCUGUACUUCUUCUUCGCCCCAGGGCUCCUCGUACCCAUCCUCAUAUUGAUACUCGUACUCACCCUUCU